CCAGACACCAUGGUGCAUUUCACGGCUGAAGAGAAGGCUGCAAUCACAGGCGUGUGGUCUAAGGUGGAUGUUGAACAGGCUGGAGGCGAGGCUCUUGGCAGGCUCCUGGUUGUCUACCCAUGGACCCAGAGAUUUUUUGACAGCUUUGGCAACCUGUCCUCCCCUUCAGCCAUCAUGGGCAACCCCAAAGUCAAGGCCCAUGGUAAGAAGGUGCUGACCUCUCUGGGGGAUGCUGUUAAGAAUCUGGAAACCCUCAAGGGCACCUUUGCCCAACUGAGUGAGCUGCACUGUGACGAGCUGCAUGUGGACCCUGAGAACUUCAGGCUCCUGGGGAAUGUGCUAUUGAUUGUUUUGGCACAACUCUUCGGCAAAGAACUCACCCCCCAGGUGCAGGCUGCCUGGCAGAAGAUGAUGACUGGUGUGGCCAAUGCCCUGGUCUCCAAGUAUCACUAA